GCUUGGAAUGUUGAGGGAAAGCAGUAUCAGAGGUCGGAUGGACUGAACGCCGUCAAGACGGUGGAGUGAUUGGCUUUAACCUAGCGCUUUAAAUAGAAUCAUAACAAUCUCCAGUUUCUAUGUUAGUAAACUACUUGGAUUUCGUCUACUAAUCUUAAAGAUUCAACUCCACCAGGGUGUGCACUAUAUUAGCUCAUCUUUCUGCAAAGAGCACUGCCUAUCUAAGCCUCAUUGUCCAUCAUCCAGUCUUAUUACUGAAAUUAUUUUUUGUCUGUCAUUGACCUAGUCAAUCCUGAGGAAAUAUGGACUUAGGCUAAAGAUUGGUCCUUUGCCCCACUGAAACUUGUCAUUUGCCCUUUGCCAUCUCUGAAGCUUAAGAAGGAAUCCCUCUUCCUUACGACCUAUUACAAUGUAAUUAAUAGGGUUCUUGUGUUCCUGCUUUCCCCACCAGCUAUAAACCGGGUUUCAUCUUAAGCAAAGGCCUGGCAUAGACAAGACAAUUCUGUAGACCUCAGUGACUGGAGGCCUUUAGGUCUCCUCUAAAGACAUGCAGUCUUCAGAGGAGCUGUUUAACAUGAAACUGAAGUCCUUGCAUGGAAACAAAGAAAGUCCAGCUACCAGCCUGCAGUGCAAGUAUAAUGGGGUAGGAAAAGUCAAUGGCACAUCUGCCAUGCCUAAAAUGGGGGUACGUGCCAAGAUAUCAGACUGGCUGCCCAAAAAAGAAGGGUGGGAGAAUCUGUGUGAUUCAAACUAUGAGAGAGUUCAAAAUGGUCAGCCAGACCAAAACAUAGAGAUCACAGAUGUGAAGGAAGCACCCUUGGAACUUGAUCAUCCUGACACAAAAUAUUCACUGAGUGAACUUUUGAGUCAGUCCCCUUUAAAGGGACUUCAUCCUAUUCGACAGCGAAGCAACAGUGAUGUGACUAUCAGUGAUAUAGAUGCUGAGGAUAUAAAGCAUCAAAAAGCUGUCAACCCAAACACUGGUGCCUCAUUGCAUCGGGAAUAUGGCAGCACUUCCUCUAUUGACCAGCAAGGUCUAGGUGGGGAUGGAGUCCUUGCACUGUUAAAGGGUUAUAGAGUAGAUAAAUUAGAUCAUCUGAAUACAUACUCAAUUGGUUUCCCAGAGCUGCGUUACAACAACGCUCCCUCACCUAGCUUGCAGACAGCAGCUCAGAUUGCACGUGGAGAGAUCAUUUGUAUCUCAGGCUAUGAUUAUGCAGGCAGUUCCCUUCUCUACAGUCAAGAAAGAGAGAAGUCCUUCGUGCACCGGCUCAAGUCAGAGUCAUCUGAGACAUCUCUCUUCCGGAAGUUGAAAACUAUUAAAAGUGAGCAUGAUUGUCUCCGCCUCUCAAUAGAGCAGGAAGACAGGUGGUCUCUUGGUGUCCCGAAAUGCUUUGCUCACUAUGAUGUGCAGAGUGCACUCUUUAACGUUAGUGAUGCUGUGGCAAAUCAAGUCAACCUUGGUCAUAGGAAGAACACUACUACUGGUGCCUCUGCUGCUUCACAGUAUCAAGUCCCAUGUAGUGGUCCAGUAUGUGGAAAUAAUAGUGGAACUGCACCAAUGUUUGAAUCUCCGCUGAGCAACCAUGAAGAGUUGAAGCCAAAACAGAAUAUUGAUGCAGAUGAGGGUGAUGGAAAGAGCAAUGGGCUAGUACUAAGUUGCCCACAUUUCCGGAAUGAGAUUGGUGGCGAGGGUGAAAGGAGGAUUUCUCUGUCCAGAGCCAACAGUGCCAACUACAGUGGAGGAGAAAGCUGCUCCUUUGAGUCCUCAUUAAGCUCUCACUGCACCAAUGCUGGUGUUUCUGUGCUGGAAGUACCUCGGGAAAACCAACCAGUUCAUCGUGAAAAAGUGAAACGAUACAUCAUUGAGCACAUUGACUUGGGGGCAUACUAUUAUCAUAAAUAUUUCUAUGGAAAAGACCACCAGAAUUACUUUGGCAUGGAUGAGAACCUGGGUCCCGUGGCCAUCAGUGUGCGACGAGAAAGGCUUGAAGAGAUGAAGGAGAAGGAGGGGUUAGCAUACAAUUACCGUAUUGUCUUCAGGACCAGUCAGCUUACUACUCUUCGAGGAUCAAUUCUGGAAGAUGCAGUGCCUUCCACAGUGAGGCAUGGCACAGCCCGUGGCCUUCCCCUGAAGGAGGUGUUGGAGUAUGUAGUUCCUGAGCUCAACAUUCAGUGCCUUCGACUGGCUCUCAACUCCCCCAAAGUCCCUGAACAGCUUCUCAAACUGGAUGAGCAGGGGCUAAGUUUCCAGCACAAGGUGGGUGUGUUGUACUGUAAGGCAGGUCAGAGCACAGAGGAAGAAAUGUACAAUAAUGAGAAUGGUGGACCUGCACUGGAGGAAUUCCUGGACCUGCUUGGACAGAGAGUGCGACUAAAGGGCUUCAAUAAGUACAAGGCACAGCUAGAUAAUAAGACGGACUCUACAGGAACCUACUCACUCUACACUACUUACAAGGACUAUGAACUAAUGUUUCAUGUGUCCACUCUCCUACCCUACACACCCAAUAACAGACAACAGCUGCUCAGAAAGAGACACAUCGGAAAUGACAUUGUCACCAUUGUGUUUCAAGAACCAGGAGCCCUGCCCUUCACGCCUAAAAACUUUCGCUCCCACUUCCAGCAUGUAUUUGUUAUUGUUAAAGUCCAUAAUCCAUGCACUGAAAACGUCUGCUACAGUGUUGCUGUAUCAAGAUCAAAAGAUGUGCCUUUGUUUGGUCCUCCAAUUCCUAAAGCUGUGACCUUCCCAAAGUCAUCUGUCUUCAGGGACUUUCUGCUUGCCAAGGUAAUCAAUGGUGAGAAUGCCGCACACAAGUCAGAGAAGUUCUAUGCUAUGGCUACCCGAACACGCCAAGAGUACCUUAAAGACCUAGCUGAGAACUUUGUGAGCACAGCUACUGUGGACUCAGCUCUGAAGUUCAGCUUCAUCACACUGGGUGCCAAGAAAAAAGAGCGGAUCCUACCACGUAGGGAUGCCCACCUCCACAGUAUAGGAGCCAUCAUGUGGAGUGUGGUGGCAUGGGAUUUCACCCAAUCAGUGGAUGUUCAGUGCCUGCUUGGCAUCUCCAAUGAGUUCAUUGUGCUGAUCCAGGAAGAGUCAAAGAAUGUGGUCUUCAAUUGCUCCUGUCGUGAUGUGAUAGGCUGGACCUCCACCAUCAUGAGCAUUAAAGUAUUCUAUGAACGUGGCGAGUGUAUGAUGUUCUCAGCCCAGGAAGGCUUUGGAGAAGACAUCAGGCAAAUCGUCCACCGGCUUGAGAUAACCACCCAUGGCUGUGAGACCACACAAAUGGCACUUCGUCGAAAUGGCUUGGGACAGCUGGGUUUCCAUGUCAACUUUGAAGGCAUUGUGGCUGAUGUUGAGGCAUUUGGAUUUGCAUGGAAAGCAGGCCUGCGCCAGGGCAGCCGCCUGGUGGAGAUUUGUGAGGUGGCUGUAGCCACACUUACUCAUGAGCAGAUGAUCGACUUGCUACGCACUUCCAUCACAGUCAAGGUGGUGAUUAUUCAGCCUCACCAGGAUGGUACUCCCAGAAGAGGUUGUUCGGAGCUGUACCGCAUUCCCAUGGUGGAAUACAAGCUCGACAGUGAAGGCACACCCUGUGAAUAUAAGACCCCAUUCAGGAAGAACACCACCUGGCACCGGGUGUGCACUACUCCAGGGGGCCAGCCCCUACCGCGAAGCUCACCCACUCAGGGUCCUGAACAAGUGCAAUGCCAACCAAUCUCGCAGCACAUUGAGAUAUCCAUCUCACGCAGCACGUCAUUCGACAGGAAACUGCCAGACAUCUCCAGGAUGGCACAUGAUCUGGAAAACCCACAGAUAUCCUGUAGUAAGGUACAGGCCAGUCAACACUACCGUAGCUCACCCAGUAACCAGUCUUCAUCCAGUGACCCAGGGCCAGGUGGCAGCACAACAUGGAUCCAAUGGCCAGGAUAUGAUGGGUGUCAUUCACCUAUACUGCACGAGCAAUCAUCUGAUCCUCCUGCCCAAGACAUAGGAGGUGAUGAAAGCUUGAAAGAGAAACAACCAAUGUUGGAGAGGGCACGCUCUGCAGAGGCCAAGUGGCACACUCCUUCAACAAAGAUACUCAACUCUCUGAAUGAGAGAGGCAAAGACUCGCCUAACAAACUGGCCCGGGGCAGAGAUAAGACCUCCAGCCACUCAAGCAUCACGCUGUCAAGCAGUGCCUCUAGCAGUAAUAGUGAUGAGAAACACUUUGGUUCAGGUGACCUGAUGGACCCAGAGUUGUUGGGUCUCACCUACAUCAAAGGAGCUUCGACUGACAGUGGCAUAGAUACAACACACUGCUGUGCACAAGUUCCACUCACAGGGGAUACCCUUGCUGCCAUGGAACACCUGGUGCUGCAACACCAGGCAGCAGAGGACCAGGGACACACUUGGACUCAGGAGCAUCCAGAGAACAGAGACAAGAAACCUGUACAGCUGUACCUGCCUCAGAGUUAUACCAUGACCAGACAAACAGGCAUUAACAGCGGCAUGAGAGAGUUGAGAGAGAUCUCAUCACACUCAAGACAGCUGUACUUGGUGGAGGAAAUGUGCCAUAUCCAGGAAGGAGAAAGAGAAAGAGAGGAGGGGUGCAGGGACCAGUCAGACAUGACAAAGGAGUACCUAAAGGUUAUGCAUUCAGACAGUCUGCCUGGAGAAGAGGUCUGCAGGAAGGCUUUGGUCUCAGAAAGUCCACUUCCCUGCCGUGUACUGUACCGCGCUCUGUCAGAAGAGAGUAUGUGCAGUAAUCGCAAAGGCUCAUCCUAUGCCAGCUCCCGCAGCUCAGUGCUUGAUCAGGUUCUACCAAAUGAUAUACUGUUCAGCAGCACUCCAGCUUACCACAGCACUCUCCCCUCUCGCAUUGGCUGCAGCCAGCCUGUAUCCAACCUCCGGAAUGAGGUCUGUUUUUCUGAUGGCUCCUUGGCAGACAGGUCAAAGUUUAGUGAUCCAGGACUCCUCCCCCUACCGGACACAGCCACAGGUCUGGACUGGUCCCAUCUUGUUGAUGUUGCUCGAGCCUUUGAAGAUCAGAAUAUGGCUACUGUCUACAUAAUGACUGACAUGCAGGGAGCUAAACCUGUUCAGAGCGCUCAAGAGCCCAUCAGACAGGCUGCUGCAGUGGAAGGAGCUAUACUACAGCCUGGAAAUGGCACAUCUGCCACUCUGACUGGUAAGGUCAACCAACUUGAAGUCAUCCUGAAGCAGCUCCAGCAUGACUUAAGAAAGGAGAAAGAGGAUAAAGCCAUCUUGCAGGUGGAGGUACAACAUCUUCGACAAGAUAAUAUCCGUCUACAGGAGGAGAGUCAAACAGCAUCUGCGCAACUCAGGAAAUUCACGGAAUGGUUCUUUAAUUCCAUUGACAAAAACCCUGAGAACAGUUGAGCCUAUUGUGUUAGCUAAGUAUAUAGGUGACCCUUUAAUUGUGCAGCUCCUUCCCCAGUGUGAUGUCUGUGUUCAAAAGUUAAAGAGGACCCUUUUAGCAGGGUAAAUCAGCUGCUGUGGCAAUCUCAAUCUAUGCUAACAGACUGCUGGGAUUCCUAAGAGAAAACGGAAAAAGACCUUGGAAAGAGACAUUGCUAACACUGCUCAAUUAGUGAAAGUGAAGGUAAGUGAAAUGAGGAAGAAAAUGAAUGUAAUUCACCUGGGACCUACUUUUGCUUGGUAUAUCAUAUUCAUAUUGCCAGUAUAUCCGACCCCUUAUUUGCUUUGUUGUUUUUGUUGAUCUCCAGCAUUGUGCGAUGAAGUUGUUGGUAAUGCUGCUGACACUAACAGUGUCAUAAUUUUUGAGUGCCAUAUUUUAUAUGCAUUUUUAACAAUAGUUUUCAUAGUAGUUUCCACGCAGCGACAUGUCCUUGCAAUGAUGUAGUAGCAUUAGGAGAAAAUGCAUAAUGUGCACAGUCCCUGCUAGUGCAAAAUGUGAUCAUUUCCUUUUAAGGUUGCAGUUUUACAGUAUUUCUGCUCUAUGCCUCAAAAAGGAUAGUAAGUGUGUGGAAAAUAAUUGUUUAUAUGAGUGGUUUAUCUCUUUUUCAUUUUUGCAUUGAGCAAAAAAGUGUGUGUGUGUGUGUGUGCGCGCGUUCGUGCGUGCGUGUGUGUGUUUCUGUCUCUGUCUGUGUGUGGUUUUUUGUUACAGUAGCAAGUGGUUUUAUAGAGUUAGUUUUUAUUUCUGUAUGUGAGACAGUGAACCACACUCACAAUGCAAAAAUGUGUAUUAUACCUGUACCACAGUUGAAGUGGCUUGUAUUUAACAGCUAUUUAUGUUUAUUUAACCUAAUUUUGUUGAUUUUAUUUAAAAAUAUAUAUUUUUGGUUCUGCACUAAAGAUUGAAGAAACUUUGAGAAGCCUAGACUAAAAUGUGGAUGCCUCAUCAGGGCUGUGUUGAAUAUACAAUUUUUUGUUUAUUUUUUCCAUCACUCCAACAUUUGGAUGCUGCUAGAUUAAACUCAUAUAUAU